GCAGCCACGCCUUGGGGGCGUGCGUGCCCGUGCCGAGGAUGAAGUUUGGCAAGACUUUCGAGUCCCACCUGACGAUCGAGUGGCGCCAGCAGUACAUGCGAUAUGCGGACCUGAAGGCGUUGAUCAAGCAAGGCGUUGAGGAUGCCCCCUCGCCAUUAACUGCCACGGAUUAUGAGGUUCAGUCCUAUUACAGGGCCUUCGAGGAGACCUUCCUCACCGCCUUGGAAGCGGAAUUGACUGGGGUGAACAACUUCUUCCUGGAGAAACUGCUCGAGGCACGCCGGAAGCAUGGCCACCUGAAGCUCCAGCUUUUGGCCUAUUCCCGGGAACCGGGACACACGGGCAGCGACAUCUCCCUACAGUCGCAGGCCCUUUCCCAAUCCCAAUCCCAGCGAACCGAGCCCACGAGAAUGAAAAAGAAUAAAAAGAAGCAGAUGACCCGACGCCAACUGAGGAAUGCCUAUGCCGAAUUCUAUCUCAGUCUGGUGCUCAUCCAAAACUUUCAGUCGCUGAACGAAACGGGCUUCCGGAAGAUCUGCAAGAAGUAUGAUAAGAAUCUGAGAUCCGGAGCGGCGGGCAGGUGGUUCGAGCUGAAUGUGGUGGAUGCUCCAUUUACGGAGGUUCGCCAAUUGCAGCGCAUGACCAUCGAGGUGGAGGAUCUGUACACGGCCCAUCUGGCGGACGGGGAUCGGUCGUUGGCCAUGGAGAAGCUCCGGGUGCCACCACUCGGGGAGCCCACUCCUCCGGCGAUGGUCUUCCGGGCGGGAAUCGCCCUGGGAAUGCUGCUCAUGCUGCUCCUGGCCACCGCGAUCAGCUACUGGAAAUUGCCUCCGACCAAAAAUGAAUUACCGGGCUUGAUGCGCCUGUACCGCGGACCCUUCACCUGGGUGAUCUUCAACUUCUACAUGGCGGCCAAUGUGGCCGGCUGGCAGCAGGCCGGGGUCAAUCACAUCCUGAUCUUCGAGAUUGACCCGAGGAGCCAUCUGCAGCCGGCGACAUUCCUGGAGAUCGCCUGCACCUUUGGCAUUCUGUGGGCCCUCUCGAUACUGGGAUUCCUGCACCACGCGGCCAUGGGCAUUGCGGAUCCCUAUGUCUUCCCCCUGGCCCUCAUCCUGAUCAUGGUGGGGCUGCUGGUGGUGCCGUUGCCGAUCAUGAACUGGCCGGCCAGGUGGUGGACCAUCAAGCUGGUGGGUCGCGUGAUCACCGCACCGCUGCAUUACGUGGGCUUCGCCGACUUCUGGAUGGGUGACCAGUUGAAUUCGCUGGUGACCUGCAUCGUGGACCACUACUACAUCGGGCGAUUCUAUGCGACGAGCUGGCUGCGCUACGAGAGUGUGACCAACUGCUUCGAGCCGGAUGUGAUGGUGCCCAUUGCCAUGUGCCUGCCCGGCUGGUUUCGAUUCGCCCAGUGCCUGCGAAGAUUCCGGGACAGUGGCUCCAAGUCGGUGAGCUACCUGAUCAAUGCUGGCAAGUACGCCACCACAUUUCUGGUGGUGCUGUUCUCCACGCUGCGCACGAAUUCGGAGGGUGGGUAUGCCAAUACGUUCAGCAAUCCGUACACCUGGCUAUUCCUCGCCAGCUGUGUGGUGGCCACCGUCUAUUGCUACUUGUGGGAUGUGAUCCGGGACUUUGGCCUCUUCCGAAUCAUGAGGGGUGAGCACAUAUUCCUGCGGAAGCAACUCGUGUAUCCGCAGGCCUUCUACUACUUUGUGAUCGUCGAGAAUCUGGUGCUGCGGCUCUUUUGGGUCCUGGAGUUUGCCAUCCUAUACCACAAUCUGAUGACUCCUUAUAACAUUAAGACCAUCAGUAGUAUCCUGGAGAUCACUAGGCGCUUCAUUUGGAACUACGUGCGGCUGGAGAACGAGCACUUGUUCAACUGCGGGAAGUUUCGGGCCACUCGGGACAUCCACCUGGCGGCCCUGAAUCCUCGCCAGGAGCGAAUGCUGGAGGACAUGAUGGACGAGUCGGACGGCGUGUCCAAUCGACGCAAAUCGAAGGAGCGCAUUCGCCUGGGGAAGGAGUACUUCUAG